CACCCCUUUGCCUGACUUUUAAAACACGACUGAUAGCACGUAAGCAGAACUUCAGAUAAUGUUGAGAGCGAUAAUUACACAUUAACCAGGAAAGGCCGCGAAGCACCUUUACGGUAUUUUCUCAAAAUGGCAACUAUCGUUCAUUUUUCGGCGCUUUCGACAACGAGACUAUGUUUAAAAUCCCAUUUUAAGGGUCUUGCUCGUUCAUGCGAGUCCACGUUCAUUUUAUCAGGAAGCCGCGGUCCGUCACAGUCUUUGUUCCCGGGAAGGAGAUGGUUUUCCAGGGGCACCGGCGUGAGGUUCAUGUCCCACGGGACCGCGGGCGGACAGUCGGCCGGACGAAGAGGAGCCUUGGCGAUUAGCGGAGCCGCAGCUCUCACCGCUGCUGCAGCUGUUGCGGGAUUGUUGGCCAACGGGAACCACUUCCAGCGCGCGGAGAUGGCAACCAGGAUUUCAGGAGCAGUAGAGAACAGGGAGCAGGAGGCUGAGAUCGUCGAGAGAUGUCGGAGGUUCAUGUCUGCUCCGGUGACCGACAUCAGCGUGCUCCAAAGCAGGAAGGAGGAGAUGCGGACCAAGAUGGAGUUGCUGAUCAUGGAGACGCAGGCUGAGUUUUGUAAAGCCUUGGAGGAGGUGGACGGUGGGACCUUUAAAGUAGACCGAUGGGAGAGGAAGGAAGGCGGUGGAGGAAUCAGCUGUGUGAUGCAGGAUGGAAAGGUGUUUGAGAAGGCCGGCGUCAACGUGUCAGUGGUUUCUGGGUACCUGACAGAGGAGGCUGCGAAGCAGAUGAGGAGCAGAGGAAAAGUCCUGAAAGGGAAAGAUGGUAAAUUACCAUUUAGUGCCAUGGGAGUGAGCUCCGUGAUUCACCCCAAGAACCCCCACAUACCCACAGUGCACUUCAACUACAGAUACUUUGAGAUUGAAGAGGAGGAUGGCAGUAAGCAGUGGUGGUUUGGUGGAGGAACGGAUCUGACGCCAGUUUACAUAGAUAAAGAGGACGCCUUCCACUUCCACAACACCCUAAAGGAAGCCUGCGACAAGCACCACCCGCAGUACUAUCCAGACUUCAAGAAAUGGUGUGACCGCUACUUUUUCGUGCGCCACAGAGGAGAGACUCGUGGAAUAGGAGGGAUCUUCUUCGAUGACUUGGACUCCCCAGGUCAGGAGGAGGCAUUCAACUUUGUGAAGAGCUGUGCCCGCACCGUGGUGCCCUGCUACCUCCCCAUCGUCUACAAGCAUCUCAACGACUCGUUUACCGAUGAGGAGAAGGACUGGCAGCAGAUUCGACGAGGAAGAUACGUGGAGUUCAACCUGGUCUACGACAGGGGGGUGAAGUUCGGCCUGGCCACUCCCGGCUCCAGAAUCGAGAGCAUCCUGAUGUCCCUCCCCCUCACUGCCAGGUGGGAGUACAUGCAAGAGCCUGACAAAGGUUCCAGGGAAGCAGAGAUGCUGGAGGUUUUGCGAAACCCCAAAGAGUGGGUUUGAGCAGUUUAUUCGUCAGGAUGACAUCAUUUCCAGGAAAUCUUUGUUUGCUCUAUUUUGUUCAGCUGUGAUGCGUUUUUCUUUUUUAUUGAGGUCUUAACAUGAGACUGCGUUUACACCAAUUGCACAUUUGUAAUACAGGUUAUCCUUCUCUUCGGGUUGAUUUUUAAAUGUGAAACCUGCUGAAACCUUAUCACACUUUGAACUAAAUAAGCCUUUGUGUUCAGCUGAGCAGCUUUGCAGUCUUCUUACGUCAUUGAAUCCGUCCCUUUAGAACGUUUUUUCUCCUUUUAUACGCCUGGCAUGAAUGUUGCUCGCUUUACUUAAACCUGAGGACGUUUUCGGUCUUCCUCACGUCACUAACAACGGACUGAAAAAUGGGGAUAGAAGGGCAAACAGUCUGAGUUUGUCAGUCACUGCUGCUUUUAAAUGUCAAUAAAAGACUUGUGUACAUUGAAGACAA